GCUAACGAAUGACGUCUGAUGUCGUAAAUCCCAGCAUCCGGGAAUCUUAUUAAAUACGGCUUCGGGCAUGCGCAGUUGUUCCUCAGCGGUUCGACCUCUGCAGCUGGUAAGUGAAGGGGAGGCAAAUGGAGGUCUGCGCUGAAACAUUUUCACAAUCGAUUUUCAUCUUCUAUCUAAAGUCGUUUUGAUUCCACACCGACACAAAUUAUGUAAAGACAGUUGUUUUGCUCAUAUAAUAUUUUUGUAUGGAUUCGCUGUUUCUUUGAAUUUGUAGUGAAAUUCUCAUUGACCUUAGCUGCUGUUCUCUCUUUUUUAGAGAGAAAACCAGGUGACUCGUCUUUAGUUGAUUGUAUCAGUCAACACAUUAAACCAGUAUGUACGCCUGUGCGAAAUUCGUCUCUACACCUGCACUGGUGAGUUGUGAAAGUAAAGAUACAUUUAAGUUGUCAUAGCAUAAUGUUAACUAGGUAAGUUAGAUGGGCCUGCUGAACUUGUACUGAUUUGUGACUUAGGAACUGCUCUAACGUUUCAGUGCAUGCAAUUGUGCACACUGAAUUGCAAGUAAAUUGGUUUGAAAUGUAUUAAUUGAAAUCAACAUAGCUAACUAACGUUUUUAUUUUUUUAUUUUAAACCUGCUCUUGGAAAAUACCUAUUUUCACCUAAGUUAGGUAGCUAGUUUUAGCUAUGCUUACGUUAGGUUGCUAACCAUUGCUCGUUAGCUAGCUAAUGAGCCAGUGAGUCUUCUUUGUAAUUUCAAGGUCAUGCAGAAAUGAAGCACCAAAGACUGCAUUCUGAAAUACGAAGGGCUUCAUUUGGCUAUGUGCAUUUGCUGCUAAUGUCAAUCCUAGUUGUGCACUUUGCCAGAUUGGCGUUUGUGUAUUUUGGGCCCUGGCACUCCAUCUUGAUCCAGUAAUGCCCUCUGAGUUGACCAUCUAGGACAUCUGAAAGGACUUGAUGGUUCAGUUGAGGCAGAUAUUUGGAACUGAACAUUGCUGUGCUUCCAUGCAUUUGUCAUGUUUAACAGCACAUUCUCCUCUGGGGGAUCUCUGUAGCUUGCUAGCAGUUUUGAGCAAGGUAGUUGUUAUGUAUCAUGUGGUACUGCCCACACCUGACCAUUGGUCAGUGGUGAUGUAUGACUGAUUGUCCAUGUGUCCCCCUGCGACUCAGUUUUCAAAUGUAUAUUUUUUGGGGUGUGUGUUUGUAAUCAAAUUGAUGUUAUGGAAGUUACAUCACUUAACAUUACUGUUUUUCCGUGUACAGGUCCGUGCUGGAUCCAGGGCCUUAUACAGACCUCUCUCUGCGUCUGUGCUUUCACGGCCGGAUGUUAGAACAGGAGAGGUGAGUGUCUACCUGCCCCUUUACCCUUUAGUCCCCUUACCCCAGGAACAACAUUAACUUCUAUCGGCAACUGAUGCUACUUUUCAGUCUAGAUUUCUUCCCUAGGUAAAAUGUUGCAUAAGAAAAAAAUAACUCUGCUUUCUUCCAAAUGAUAAUGGGGUCCCUCUGCAAUGAUCUGAAUGUUGUCUUAAUCUUAAAUGUUUGUAAUAUUUAUCUUCAAGCUGUUUUUAUGGUGAAUUGGUUCAUUUUAGUGACUUUUUUUUGUAUUUCUCCCAGGCUAGCACUGCCCUUGUGCCACAGAGUGCCUUUUCCCAGGUAGCACUGAGGGGUUUCCAGACUAGCGCUGUGAGCAGAGACAUUGACACAGCAGCCAAGUUCAUUGGCGCUGGAGCUGCCACAGUUGGAGUAGCUGGUUCUGGUGCCGGAAUCGGGACUGUGUUCGGCAGCCUUAUUAUCGGAUACGCAAGGUAAAUAUUGCCAUUAGUAGAUAUGGUGCCCUACUUUAUUACAUUUACAUUUUAGUCAUUUAGCAGACGCUCUUAUCCAGAGCGAUUUACAGUUAGUGAGUGCAUACAUUUAUGCCCUCAAUUAUGUGACUCUUUGUUGAUUUUCUGAUGUUUUUUUGACACUGUUUGCAAAAAUGUUAAACAAUUGCUAUGGCUGCAAGUCUCUCCCACAGCUUUGGUUCAUGGCACUAACACUUAUUUUUAUUUGUUUCCUCCCUAGGAACCCCUCCCUAAAGCAGCAGCUUUUCUCCUAUGCUAUCCUGGGAUUUGCCCUGUCUGAAGCCAUGGGUCUGUUCUGCUUGAUGGUUGCUUUCCUGAUCCUGUUUGCCAUGUAAAUAUGUCCACUGCAGAUGGUGAUCAUGAUUUUGAAACUACAGCUGGGACUACCUAUUUUACUUGAGCAAUCAAAAUUGUUCUGUGUUGGUCAUGAAAUUGUACAUUUUCCAAGUUUUUGUUGAAGGCUGACAAAAGAAAAGGCAUGUAUUGCAAAAAUGUAAGCACUUACAGAAUUAAAAUGCAUGUAUUUCACUAUUUAAAAUGUAUGAAUUAUUUUGUGUAUAGCCCCAUUUCCCUGCAAAACACUUUCAAAGAAGCACCAGAUUAUGGAUUAACAGAUGUAUUUCUCUAUAGUGUGUGCCCUUGAGUUCAAAACAAAGCAUAUAGUCAUGUUAACUGCAGGUUGGUUGCAAUCAAGUGGGUUUAAGUAAAUUACACUGUACUUUUGGUUAUCAAAUGCUUUUCUUAAUUGCAAUAAAUCCUGUAGUAAUCUUUUACUAGUGUAAUACAAUGUCCUCUUGCUGUUCCAUGAAGAUAAAUUGUAAAAAAAAUUUUUGGGGGGAAUAUUAAUGCAACUGGUUGUAUGUGAGUGGAUGGGGAGGUGUGCUGCUAAAUGGCUCUGGACCUGUCUGAUCCUGACCCGUGAUGUCACUCUUCAUCCCUGUGACUGAUGCUGCCUUCCACUGCUCAGCCCAUUGACACUACCAAAAAAAAAAAACUGCUUCUGCUCCCAUCCUGAUUUUUAACUGGUCCUCUGUAGUUCAAUUGGU